UGGAUGUGCGGUACGGUAAAUUUGGCUGCUGGAUUGCUGGCAAUGAGAGGACCGCAUAUAUAACCGCAUCAUCUCCUCGCCCCUCCCCUCCCCCCCUUCUCCUCCCUCCGCCCUUUUAUACCCAAUCCAAUACAAAAUCCUACCUUGCGCUACUCGCCCAUUCAUUCAACAUCCUCCUUUGGGUGCAUCGUUUUUCCGGUUUUUCCCCUCUCUUCGCACCCGAUUUAGACGACCGUGGGAAAGGAAAAAUUGAGGGGAGGAAGGAGAGGAAAUCACCAUGAAUAGCACUCUGUCUCAUCGUGCUGGGGGGGACACCAGCCCUUCUUCCAACUCGCACAGCGAGAAGAUACCUCAAUCAGAGCAAUCAGAGAUCACUACCAAGGACAAUGGUGUCGGCGGUCACAAUGAUUUGCACCGCGGUUUGAAGGCUAGGCACAUCACUAUGAUAGCCAUCGGUGGUGCUAUCGGCACCGGUUUGAUCAUCGGAACGUGAGUAUUUCAUAUUUUGCUUGCCAGCGGGGAUAUCGGAUAUCGAAUUGAUGGGUGAAUAGCGGUUCUGCUCUUGCCCGUGCGGGUCCUGGUUCAAUUCUCAUCUCUUAUACCAUCGUUGGUUUCUUGGUAUACUUGGUAAUGUGCGCUUUGGGUGAGAUGGCUGCUUGGCUCCCGCUCGGUUCUGGUUUCACCGGUUACGCCACCAGAUUUUGUGACCCGGCGCUCGGUUUCGCCCUUGGUUAUACUUAUUGGUUUAAGUGAGUUGCUUGGAUUCUCUCCGGGCUGGUUAGUGCGCCAUACUCAUGGGACGAAGGUAUAUCAUUGUCACGCCCAACCAGUUAACGGCAGCUGCACUGGUCAUACAGUACUGGGUUCCUAGAGAAAAGGUGAAUCCAGGUGUCUGGAUCACAGUGUUCCUGGUGGUCAUCAUUUUCAUCAAUUAUUUCGGUAUUCGCUUUUUUGGGGAAUUCGAAUUCUGGCUGUCCAGUAAGUGCUACCGUUGCGGUGGUCGGUUCGGCUGCUAAUCGUGUUGGUGGGUACGGUAGGUAUUAAGGUUGUCACGAUUGUCGCAUUGAUUUUGCUUUCACUCGUUCUUGCCCUUGGGGGUGGUCCCGAUCAUGAUCGCAAAGGAUUCCGCUACUGGAAGGAUCCGGGCGCCUUCAACACCUAUAUCGCGAAAGGCGAUAAGGGUCGUUUCUUGGGCCUGUGGUCUACUUUUGUUACCGCUACUUUCGCAUACCUAGGCACUGAAUUGGUCGGCGUCACGGUCGGAGAGGCGCAGAAUCCCCGCAAGACGAUUCCAAGAGCUAUCAAAUUGACCUUCUAUCGGAUUGUUAUAUUCUACGUCCUUUCCGUCUUCUUGUUGGGAAUGUUGGUGCCAUAUAACUCUGACGAGCUCAUCUUCGCCACCAAAGCCAAGAGCUCUGCUGCCGCCAGCCCUUUCGUUGUUGCUAUCAGGCUCAGUGGGAUCCCCCAUUUGGCCGGAAUCUUGAACGCUUGUAUCUUGCUUUUUGUGUUCUCCGCGUCUAACUCCGGUAUGGAGCCAUUGCUAUCCCCCUAUCUGUAGCAUCAAGCUGAUGGUUAGCAAAUAGAUCUCUACAUUGCCUCCCGAACAAUCUACGGUCUCGCAUGUGAAGGAAGGGCACCAGCGUUCCUGGCCUACACCGAUAGGCGUGGUGUCCCCACCUACGCUCUCGGCCUGUCCUCGCUGUUCGGCCUCCUAGCCUUCAUGAACGUCUCGGACGACUCGAAGGUUGUCUUUGGCUACUUUGUCAACUUGGUUACCAUCUUUGGUAUCCUAACGUGGAUCUCCAUCCUCGUAACCCACAUCUACUUUGUGCGUGCCCGUCGCGCUCAAGGAAUCACGGACGAUCAACUAGCCUACACCGCGCCAUUCGGGGUCUGGGGAUCUUAUGGGGCUCUCAUCUCGUGCUCCAUCAUCGCCAUCUUCAAGAAUUUCAACGUGUUCACGUACAGCAAGAGUUACGGCUCCUUCGACUACAAGAACUUCAUCACCGGCUAUCUUGGUAUCCCGCUGUACCUUAUCAUGAUUGUCGGGUACAAGCUCCGUUACCCCAAUACUGGCAUCCCGGCUUCCCAAGUAGACCUAUUCACCGGAAAGGAGAAGAUUGAUCGCGAGGAGGAGGAGUACCUGAGAAAGAAAGCGCUCAAAAUCGAUAACCAGCGUGGCUUGUUCUAUAAAACGUUUGUUGCUUGGUUGUUUUAGGUACUUGUUCUUUGCUCCUCUGUCUUUUUCCGCGUGGCUUUUUUGCUGCUAUCUCGGCAUAUGGCCUAUAUGUAUCGAGAAAUGAAAAACGGUGUAAUGUUCUUCCCUUCCUCUUUUUUUGUUCCUACGUACAUGGCACGGUAAAGUGGGUUCCAUCGGACGGCGGGCUGUAUGUUUACUAUGCUUUAGUGAUGUUCGGGGUCAGUUCAUUUUGGGGGAGUAGCGUUAAGUGAAUGUAUUAAACAGAUAAACGGAUAAAAUAGGUAAUUAAAUAAAGCUGUUCUUGUAGCGCUAUUGAUGCCCCUCGAGGUGUGACAGUGCGGUGACCAGCGUUGAUCCAAUUUUAGUCAAAACCAACCAGUGUAUUCAUCAGGAGGACUAUAAAGUCCCGAAGUCUUUCUCCAACUACCGGCACCGCCC